GGUUGUUUCUCUCUCAUUUCUAAAAUCCUAACCCCUUCAGGGAGCCCCAGCAUGGACGACUUUAAAGAUUCAAGUCCACCUGAAGAAUUACUUGGUCACCUGAAGCUUUCGGAUGAGAAGUCUCCGGAGGCCGGCCCCGCAGGUGCGCAGGACCCCCGGGACGCUGGAGGUGGGCACACACCAUCGCCAGCCCCAGAUCCGGCGGCAGAUGGGUGUUUCCCUGACUGUCAUGAUACCUUUGAGGCAAAAGAACCUGUGCUGGAUGAAGAAGGGGAUUUACAAAACGAUGAGAAUAGCUCAAGGAAGCAGACAGAACUAGAUGAAGAAUACUUACUAGAACUAGAAAAAGAUAUGCCGGAGGAAGAAAAACAGAAAAGAAGAAAGGAGAGCACAACACUGAAGGAGAAAGGAAAUGAGCAGUUCAAGAAAGGAGACUAUGGAGAGGCAGAAGACUCUUACACGAAGGCUCUUCAGAUUUGUCCAGCCUGCUUCCAAAAAGAUAGGGCUGUUUUAUUUUCAAACAGAGCUGCUGCAAAAAUGAAACAGGACAAGACGGAAGCUGCCCUAAGUGACUGCAGCAAAGCAGUGGAAUUAGAUCCUAACUACAUUAGAGCUUUGCUGAGGAGAGCAGAACUAUAUGAAAAAACAGAAAAACUAGAUGAAGCUCUGGAAGACUAUAAGGCAGUCCUAGAAAAAGACCCAUCGGUUCACCAAGCCAGAGAAGCUUGCAUGCGAUUGCCUAGACAAAUUGAAGAGCGGAAUGAAAAAUUAAAGAAAGAAAUGUUAGGCAAACUGAAGGAUCUUGGGAAUUUGGUUCUCCGCCCCUUUGGCCUGUCAACAGAAAAUUUCCAGAUAAAACAAGAUUCGUCAACUGGCUCAUACUCCAUCAAUUUUGUUCAAAAUCCAAACAACAAUAGAUAACACGAACACAGUCGAGAUCUGUUGGCUUUCAGGCUUCGUGACUGUGUGCUUGCCCGUACCAAUAAAAGGAUUCAGCAAACCUUCUUCACACUCCCCAGGUGAAGAUAAGACUUGAGCAUAUUCGUGCCCCUGCUUCUGAAAUUAUUUAUAAUGUGGAUGUAAAGCAAGUUGUUCAGCUUCCCUUAGUGAUAACUGUGUCCAGUGUGGGAUUC